UGAAGAUUUGCUGAUCACACGAUUGUCUUCUUUGGUUCCUCCUUUCCUCUGUCUUUGUGUGCAGUGAUGGAUACAGAGACCAGAAGUAUCGUGGGUCCAUGGCGGGGAAAGAUGUCAAAGAUAGGAGGGAGGGUGUUGAUGAGAAGAAAUCGUAUCAGUGGGGGAAGGAGGUGGAGGAGGCAGCGUUUUCGAGAGAUGGUGAGGUUGGAGAGCGGAAAAGGAAUCGUGGCGGCGGUGGCAAAGAUAAGUGGGAGAGGGAAGAUGACGAUGGCAGGGAGGAUGAUGACAGAAGCCGGUCAAGGAGGGACAAGGGAGAAGCGGGGCCGGGGGAAACUGCGGCUCCUCUUAGGAGUAGAGACAAGGGAGGAGAUUACCGAGAGGAUGAGCGAUACGGCAGCAGGUAUCAUUCUGGAAAGGCAGAGAGAGACGAGAGGAUAGAGAGAGGGGAGAGAGGAGAGAGAGGGGAGAGAGGUGAGAGAGGAGAUAGAGGGGAGAGAGGGGAUAAAGGAGAGAGAGGGGAUAGAGGAGAGAGAGGGGAUAGAGGAGAGAGAGAGGCGGGGGAUAAAGAGCGUCGUCAUCAUCAUGAUCAUCAUCAUAGGAAGGACAAAGACAAGGGACAUAGAAGGAAGGAGGGGUAUCGGAGAGGGCACGAGCAGAGUGAGAACGAAGAGGAAGAGGGCAAAGGGGGGGAAAGGAAGGGGACGUAUCACCAUAGGGAGAAGUCGGAGCGAGAGACGGAUGAAGAGAGAAGAGGAAGAAGAGAAGGGAGUGAGUGGGAGGAUCGAGAACCGAGGCAUCAACGGAAAAGUGAAGAUGGAAGAGGAACGAGAAGCAUGUCGAGAGAGGCAUCCAUACCUGCAGAAGAUGGGUCGGUAAAGACAGGUGUAAAGAGAGGGAGGGAGGGGGAAGAGAGGAAACGAGACUAUGCACAUCCUCCAAGCGGAGAUCCGACUUCUGUGGAGGAGAAAUUGACGGAGAAGGACGAGACAAGCGAUUGGAAUGACGAGAGAGGACCGGGAGCCGGUGAUGACGUGGUGGGCCUCUCGAAUGGCGCGCACGUGGCCGAAGAAUCCCACGUGUUGAGGAGUGAUAACAAUGGCACACUUAAGGUGUUGACGGACGACACGUCUGCGGGAUUGGGGGGGGAAGGCGACAUGCCUACUACUACUACAGAAGGCAGCCUGGCGAACCUGGCGUCGCCCAUGGCGGCGAAGUCUAGCAGAGAUCCAAUCGAUAUUGCAAGCUCUGCAGACAAGGUAGCCAAUUCGUCAGCAGCACCUGGAGAUGUAGGUGUUCCCGCGGAUGCAUUGCUGUCUAAAGACAAUGUAUCUGCCACAAUGUCAGGGCUUGCUGGGCAUUGGUUGGGGUCUUCUGGUCCCACUACAACUGCUUCUGCUGGUGCUGCUGCUGCUGCUUUCACUGCUGCUGCCUGUCUCGACGUGGAAAAUGCUGCAAAGCCAAAUGGAGCGUCUGUGGAAAGUCUGUCAUAUGGCACCACGGCUUCUGUGGUGUCUGCUACUGCUGCCCCGGCUGCGCAGCCGUCGAUGCCAUCGACAUUGUCAAUGUUGUCGCCAUCCAGAAUUGUGAAGCCUCAGGAAGGACCGUCCUCUACUGCCUCGCAAAUGGGUACACCACCUGUGGAGGGAGGAGUGCCUCCCAGAGAGACGAAGACCCCUGCUGCGGGAGAAGCCACAAAAAGACUGGGUCUUGACUUAAGUGCUUUGGCAAAAGCCAAGGAGGCACUGCGACGACAGAAAGAACUGGCUGAGAAACUGAAGAAACUCCCUCAACUUGCAAAGCUCACUUCAUCUACAGCAUCAGCAGCAUCAACAACAGCAUCAAGCAUAGCAGCGCCAACAGCGUCUGCAACAGCCCCCUCAGCAAGAGGGGGAGCACCAGAAAGCUCAUCGUUAGCGGUUGCUUCGGAAGCACUGCAGCAGUGGCCCUCGUCAUUUCCUUCAGCAGCUGUGAUGUCGGUUCUGGCCCCACUCCCUCUGCCAGGGGCAGCUCCUCCUGCUGGAGCGCUUGCAACAGGGCUGCUGCAGCAAAUGGGUAGUGCUGGCAUUGUUCCUGGGGUAGCCCCUGUGCCAAACAUAUCGGGCCUCCCUACAGGGGUUGGGAUGAGCACGGAGAUCCCUGGCCUUCCUACGGGUGUUGGGAUGGGCACUGACAUCUCUGGCCUCCCGACAGGCGUUGGGAUGGGCACAGACAUUACGGCCAACAUUGUGAAGGCGCAGCAGAUGGCGGUUCGACUUGGGUUCAAACCUGCACCCGGGAUGGUUACCCCCGUGCCUAGUUUUGCUGCACCUGCCGCAAGCGCCGAGCCGCAGGCCGCAGCUCAGCCAAAGGUUGUUAAGGCACCUGUACUUAGACUGGAUCCUCUUGGAAGGGAGAUUGAUGAGCACGGUCAUGUCAUCGAGCGGCAGAAGUUGACCACGGUCAGCACACUCAAGGUUAACAUAAACAAACAGAAGAAGGAGGCAUUCAAAAUUCUGCAUCCAGAACUGGAAGAAGAUCCUUUAGACAACCCAUUUUUUGAUGCGCGAAUGGGAUCGAACAAGAAGAAGUUGGUUCGGGCAAAGAGGUCUACUUUUCAGUUUAUCGAAGAAGGGAAGUGGACCAAGCAGGCAGAACUACAACGUCUCAGGGCUCAAUUUGGUGAAGCAAGGGCGCGAGAGAUGAGAAUGAAACAACAAGCCUUGGCAAAUGAGAAGGCGGGGAAAGGCAUUAACCCCAAUCUAAUUGCAAUUGGUGAAAAGGUUACAGUCAAGCAAGAAAAAGCUAAGGAUCCUGUUCCAGAUGUUGAAUGGUGGGACGCUCCACUGCUACCCAACGGGAGUUAUGAUGACAUCACGGGGGAGGAGUUUAAUGUCAAAGCGGAGAAAAUCACACACUUCGUUGAGCAUCCUGUUCCCAUUGAACCUCCAGCGGUGGCGCCACCUCCCCCCCCUCAGCCUCUGAAGCUGACAAAACGGGAGCAGAAGAAGCUCCGAACACAACGGAGGCUUGCGAAGGAGAAGGAGAGGCAGGAGAUGGUGAGGCAAGGUCUGCUGGAGCCACCAAAACCAAAGGUGAAGAUGAGCAACCUCAUGAAGGUGCUAGGUGCAGAAGCAACACAAGAUCCUACACGACUUGAGCAGGAGGUCCGAAGUCAAAUGCUCGAGCGUCAACAGGCACAUGAUGAUCGUAAUCUUGCUCGUAAGCUCACACCGGCAGAGAGAAGGGAGAAAAAAGAACGGAAACUGUUUGAUGACAACACACUCGAGACAAUUGUUUCCGUUUACAGAGUGAAUGACAUGUCGAAUCCACAAGCACGGUUCAAGGUUGACAUCAACGCACAGGAAAAUCGUUUGACGGGCUGUGCGGUCAUGACAUCGAGCUUCUCAAUUGUUGUUGUGGAGGGAGGUGCGAAGUCCAUAAAACGAUAUGGGAAGCUCAUGCUCAGGCGUAUCAAUUGGAAUGCUGCCUCCGAUGAGAAGGAUGAUGAGGGCGGUGAACUGAGGAAAGAAAACAAGUGUGUUUUGGCCUGGCAGGGUAGUGUUGCAAGGGCAAGUUUUGAGAAGUUCGUGAUGCAGCAAAGCCACUCCGAAGCUGCAGCGCGGAAGUUCCUUGCUGAUGCUGGUGUGGCACACUAUUUUGACCUUGCUGCAAAUCUUCCAGAGGACUGAUUCUGGCACAACCGAGAUAAAUUCUGAUGACUUCUUCAGGGUUACGUCUUGGGUCUCUCGAGGGCCGGUGCGACCGACACAAGUCCAACCUGCUGCUUGUGGGGCUGCAUUUACUGCUGAAAGGCGGCGAACACGGAGAUGGAGGUGGCUCUAGUACGGUGGGAUAAAAGGGAGAAAAUGGGGGAGAGGGCAAGGAGCAGAAAAUAUCUUCUCACAUAGCUCUGUUAUUCCUGAAGAUGUUCGCCAUGAGACAAGUGUCGUUGUAGUAGUAAUUCCGGAAUGUCUAUGAGUGGGCUUGCUGAGCUGUGCGAAGGGAGAUAUCUGUGCCUUCUGGAAUCUCGCAUGCUCUGUCCAGCAGCAUCUUGACUCGCACUGUAACUGGAGAAUGAGGGCUUCACAAGGAAGGCCGACAUGUUUCGGUGUCAUCUCGCUGUCAUAACCUCCUCCUCCUCCGGAAAGCGAUGAAAUGUGAGCUCGCGAGAACCCAAGUAUGAGGAGCAGGAAGCAGUGCAAAGAGAGUACACAUGGACAAGCCAAUGAUUUGGAUGCCAAAGAAUGGUUCUGUCAUGGAGAGACGGACUGGGAAUGCCCUUCACAAGGUCCUCCCAUGCUUCUACAUACUUCGACUUCGCACAUUUGUGAUGCUCAUUGUUAUGGGCACUAUUUUGGAGAUGAUGUGGGUUUUGCGGUGUCUCCGUCUGCCAUUUAUUCAGCUAGCGUGUGGUUGGCAAGUGUCUAGAUCCCAAGUGAGAUGCAUGCACGCGGCGGGAAUUUUAUAAC